AUGGUGGAGUUUGCCCCUCUGUCAGUGCCUUGGGAGCGCAGGAUACAGACGUUCGCAGUCCUACAGUGGGUCUUCUCCUUCUUGGCCCUGGGCCAGAUCUGCAUCGGGCUCUUCGUAGGCCUCCUGUUCACCAGGUUCUGGCUCUUGAGUGUACUGUAUUCCGUGUGGUGGUUCCUGGACCGAGACAAGCCGAGGCAGGGGGGCAGGCGCAUCGAGGCCUUCAGGCGCUGGACCAUAUGGAAGUACAUGAAGGACUACUUCCCGGUCUCGCUGGUCAAGACAGCAGAGUUGGACCCUUCCCGGAACUACAUUGCGGGCUUCCACCCCCAUGGGGUCCUGGCAACUGGAGCCUUCCUCAAUCUGUGCACUGAGAGCACGGGCUUCUCCUCGCUGUUCCCCGGCAUCCACCCCCAUCUGAUGAUGCUGAACUUGUGGUUCCGAGCUCCCUUCUUCCGGGAUUACAUCAUGUGCUCGGGGUUGGUCACCUCAGACAAGGAGAGUGCUGCCUACAUUCUGAGCAGGAAGGGCAGUGGGAACCUGCUGGCCAUCGUCAUCGGGGGAGCGCAGGAGGCACUAGACGCCAGGCCUGGAACCCACAUGCUGUUACUGCGGAAUCGCAAGGGCUUUGUCAGGCUUGCCCUGACCUAUGGUGCAGAUCUGGUACCCAUUUUCUCCUUCGGGGAGAAUGAAGUAUUUAAACAGGUUGAGAACUUUUCUGGCUCCUGGUUGCGCCGUAUCCAGAAUCAGCUGCAGAAGAUCAUGGGCGUCUCCCUCCCACUUUUCCACGGCCGUGGUGUCUUCCAGUACAGCUUUGGUUUGAUGCCCUACCGUCAUCCCAUCACCACCAUAGUGGGGAAGCCCAUCAAGGUGCAGAAGACCCUGCAUCCUUCAGAGGAGGAAGUGAACCAGCUACACCAGCACUACAUCAGGGAGCUGUGCAACCUCUUUGAGGCCCAUAAACUCAAGUUCAACAUUCCUGCUGACCAACACUUGGAGUUCCAAUGAGUGCUUCCGCUGAGCCAGGGGAAGGGCUCCCCCACACGGCAGGGCCAGCAUUCAGGACCCAGGAGGAGGAGCCCAGACUCCUGCCAAUCCAACCACAAGCAUCAGU